ACAUUCUCACUUACCUUAUCUUCAAGCUGUCCCCUCUUCCCCCCAAAAACCAUCAAAUUUGCCGUGUGCGCAGAUCACCAAAUGCAAUCAUUAUUCAAGCCCAAACCCCGCCAAAUAUUCUCCUCCUCCCAACGCCGCCGCCGCCGCCGCGAAUGGCAUCCAGACUUGGCUUCACUGUGGCGAAACCACGAUCCUUCACUGGCCGAUUUAGAAAACCAUUAACUUCUGUCCCUUCUUUACUGACUUCUGCUUCUGGAGUUCAAUUUGGUGCUACGAAACUGUCGUUCACGCGCCGGCUGUUGGUUGUUUCUACCAAGGCAACCGGCGAUCAACCAGGUCAAGUCCGAGAAAACGAGACUAUUGACAGCAAUGUCCUGCCUUAUUGCAACAUAGAAAAGGAUCAGAAAAAGUCUUUGGGAGAAAUGGAACAGGAAUUUCUUCAAGCACUUCAGGCAUUCUAUUAUGAAGGAAAGUCUAUCAUGUCUAACGAGGAAUUUGAUAACCUUAAGGAAGAACUCAUGUGGGAAGGGAGCAGCGUUGUAAUGCUAAGUGCUGACGAACAAAGGUUUUUAGAAGCUUCAAUGGCUUACGUAUCUGGAAAUCAAAUUAUGACGGAUGACGAGUAUGAUAAACUGAAACAAAAACUUAAGAUGGAUGGGAGCGAAAUUGUGGUCGAGGGUCCUCGAUGCAGUCUCCGUAGUAGAAAGGUUUAUAGUGACCUUUCUGUCGACUAUCUCAAGAUGUUUCUUUUGAAUGUACCGGCUGCAGUCGUUGCAUUAGGACUGUUUUUCUUUCUUGAUGAUUUGACCGGAUUCGAAAUCACCUAUCUUUUAGAGCUUCCAGAACCGUUCAGUUUCCUCUUCACGUGGUUUGCGGCUUUGCCGUUGAUACUGUGGUUGUCUUUCACCAUUACAAACAUCAUCGUUAAAGACUUUUUGAUCUUAGUGGGACCCUGUCCGAACUGUGGCACGGAAAACACUUCAUUCUUUGGUACCAUAUUGUCGGUAUCUAGCGGUGGUUCUGUCAACACACUGAAAUGUUCCAACUGUGGAACAGAGAUGGUGUACGAUUCUAAGGCUCGACUGAUUACACUUCCUGAAUGAAGUGAGACACGAGUUCAGGAUAUAUUUCUUUUCUAAAUAUAAUGUAACAUCACCGGGGCAGACAUGAUGGAUUUGGACGUUGAAGAUGAAACGAAUGUAAGUUAUUGUAAAUGUGUGUAUAUGUAUGUAUUAUCUUAUAUAGACUCUUCGCUAGUUUGAAGACAACUCUUUGGAAAUUUACCACUUGGUUUUAUACUAUCUUAGGAUAUCCUUGUUGUCUUGAAAACUCAAGUCUAAUGUCUAAAGACGAUCUUUUUUACCGGUUAAAUAAUCGGGUAGUUUU